AUGUCAGACACAUCAAGUGAUGCAGAGUCGUCCUGUGGCUGGACCAUUAUCAGUAAUGAGGGUUCAGACAUUGAGACUUUGGGAUCAGAGGCUGUGGUUGAAUUUGGAGCAGAGGCUUUAGAACCCCAUACGGUAGAAGAACCAGAGCUGCUGCAGUCACAAGCCUCAGCGUCUGCUGCUUUGUCUGCUGAAGAGAAUGCUGCUGAUAUACUUGAAGACACACUGGAAGAACAAACGUUAGAUGAGACGCUCUAUGCUCCAGGGGCCGGAGACCGUGCUGCUGGGAAAGAGCAUGUGUUAUCCUCCAGUGAUCACUCUGACAUUGUUACUCUUGGCGACUUGAAGGAGGGUGAGCAUGUGCAAGAAGAGCCAGCUGUCAGUGAGGAGCUCUACCUGGGGAUGUCCUGUAGCAGUCAUUACACCUUCACUGCCACAGACACUGCAGUUUUCCCAGCACAGCAGCCAGCAGUCACAAACUCAAGCAGCAGCGAGGAUGAAGCCGGUCGAGGGGCCGGUGCCAUCGUACGAAGACGCAGGGUGAGGAAGAACACCACAAGCAUCAUGACGGACCCAGAGGAAGAGGAGGAGCCUGUGCCUGUGUCACGCUUGAGUGAGGAGGAGGCAAAGGUCAGAGAGGGGGAGCAACAGGAGGAACAGACUGAAGUUAGACCAGCUUCUGCUGCGGAUGAUGGGGGGCAAGGCCAGUUUGGCAGCAUCCUCAACAAAUGUAUCCUGCUGGCCCUGGUCAUCGCCCUCAGCAUGGGCUUUGGCCACUUCUAUGGCACAAUGCAGAUUCAGGAAAGGCAAAAGAAUGUGGAGAAAAUCAGAGUGAGCGAGCUCGAUGUUGUAAGGGAUCUGCUUGAGAGAAAACAAGGUUUUACAGAGAAGCUGGAUUUUGGAGAAGAUAGCCUGGAUGAACAACAGAUUAUUUCACUGCUUGCAGAGGUGAUUGAAACAAUGAAGGUGGAGAACCAGGAGCUCAACAAUAAAUGGGUACACAUCCAGGCCCAGAGAGAUGACCUGGAAAUGUUGUUGAAACAGGCGUCUGAGGAGAAAACCAACAUCCGGUCUGAGCAGCAGAGUCUGACAGCUGAGAACCAGCUGCUGAAAAGCUCUCUGGAACACGAGGAACAGUCUUUGGCUAUAUUACAGGAAGAGCUGAGAAAGCUGCGUUCUCAGAUCAGAGAUCUGGAGGCGAUGGGGGCUGGAGCCGACUCGCUGCUGUCAGAAAACCAGAGGCUGAAGGGCCAGCUUGAUGAGGACGAAGAGACAUUCAGAGACUUCCAAGUCCAGAGGGACGACCUGGUGGCUGAAGCUCAGAUGCUGCGUAGGAAGCUGGAAAAAGAAAAGAGGGUGACAGAAGAGCUUAGGAGAGAGCUGAAUCGACUGAGAACCCGCAUCCCCGAAACUGGAAAGGAGGGCUACAUAGAGACUGAAGAGCUGCAGUCACGGCUGACAGAGCUGGAGAAGAGGCUGAGCUUUGAGCAGCAGCGCUCCGACCUGUGGGAGAGGCUGUAUUUGGAAACUAAAGAGGAAAGAGCCAAAGGAGACCGAGAGCCCAAAGUGAAAAAACCCAAAGGGGGCAUGGCAGGAAAAGUCAAGGAGACGUUUGAUGCCGUGAAAAACUCCACCAAAGAGUUUGUUAGCCACCACAAAGAGCAAAUUAAGAAAGCCAAGGAGGCUGUGAAGGAGAACCUGAGGAAGUUUUCGGAUUCUGUCAAGUCCACUUUCCGACACUUCAAAGAUUCAGCCUCCACCUUCAUGGACAAAGCCCGAGGGUUUUACAACAACAGAUGCACCAAAAAGAACACAGGGGAGUCCUGCCAGCACAGACAGCACCACAGACACAAACCCGAGCCCUUCCAGAGCAACCACAACACACGCAAGUCAGGAGGGAAAGCUCAUGACCAUCAGGGACAGAGCGGCCGCAAAAGCAGCACCAGGGGAUGCGCCGGAGUGUUCGACUGUGCCUACAAGGAGUCCAUGAGCCUCUUCAAUGUAGCCGCAGAGCCAAUCCGAGCUGACGAGUUCUACCAGCUGCUGCAGAGCUACCUGCACCAGGAGGUCGACCACUUUGAGCACUGGAGCGAGCUGGAGAUGUUCAUCAAUAGCUUCUUCCACAACGGCGUCUUCAUCCACGACCAGAUGCUGUUCACAGACUUCGUCAGCGGGGUGGAGGACUACCUGACGGACAUGCACGAGUAUCACAUUCCUGGUGAUGAUGUGUUUGGAGACCUGGACGAUUACGUCUUCAGGCACUUCUUUGGAGAAACAUACUCAAAAAGUUACGGGCCGCGCUCCCAGGUAAGACCAAUGCUCUGCUUUGUGUUUCCACCACACAGCGGGCCGUUUGAAAGACCCGACGCAGACUCAAAGGAAGAGUCGAGGGCGAGGCAUCAACAGCGGAAGCAGCAGAGAGCCAGAUCACAACCACACAGCGAGCGCAAGUGGAGCAGGUCAGGAAGAGACGCAGACAGACCCAUGGCCGACGUCAAAAUAGAGCUUGGCCCGAUGCCGUUUGACCCCAAAUAUUGA